AAAAAUCUUCAGCUUCUUCAAGAAGAAGACAUUGAAAUGGCUAACAGAGACGCAGUUCCAAAAAUUUUACCCAAAGUAGUAGGAGGGGGAGAGGUUAAGAAGAAGAAUGAACAAGCAGAUGGAAGAACUAGGCGUGCUUUGGGAGAUAUUGGAAACCUUGUCACUGGUCCUGCUGUUGGAGCAAAGCCUCAAACUAAGGUUUCUCGCCCCAUCACUAGGAGGUCUGCUGCACAGUUGAUAGUUAAGGGACAAGAACCACUGCAGAAGAACAAGACGAAGCCUCUUGUAACUAAAGGAGUUGCAGCAAGAAAAGUUGGUGUUCCAGCAAAACCAGAAGCUAAUAAAAAGGAUUCUGUCAAAGCGAAAGCUGGAACAAUUAGUGUUAUAUGCCCUGAUGAGGAUGUGAAAACCAUUGAAAAGAUCACCUUGAAAGAAAGAAAAGUAAGGAAGAGUGGAAAGACUCUAACUUCUAUCCUAACUGCACGAAGCAAGGCUGCUUGUGGACUCUCCAACAAACCAAGAACACAGAUUGUUGAUAUUGAUGCUGCUGAUGCUGAUAAUCACUUGGCUGGUGUUGAAUAUGUUGAGGAUAUUUACAAAUUCUAUAAGCUCACAGAGGACGAAAAUCGACCAUGUGAUUACAUGGAUUCACAGCCAGAGAUCAAUGACAGGGUGAGAGCAAUUCUUGUGGACUGGCUGAUAGAAGCACACAAAAGGUUUGAGCUGAGGCCUGAAAGCCUGUAUCUCACAGUCAACAUAAUGGACCGUUUCCUGUCAGAAGAGACUGUUCCUAGAAGGGAACUUCAGUUACUAUGCAUCAGCUCAAUGCUUAUUGCCUGCAAAUAUGAAGAGAUUUGGGCUCCAGAGGUUAAUGAAUUCCUAACAAUAACAGACAAUGCUUAUGUCAGGGACCAGAUACUUCUGAUGGAGAAAGUAAUUUUGGGAAAGCUGGAGUGGUAUUUAACUGUCCCAACGCCAUACGUCUUUCUGGUUCGUUACAUUAAAGCUGCAGUUCCAUCUGAUCAGGAGAUGGAGAACAUGACAUUUUUCUUGGCUGAGCUCGGGCUGAUGAACUACACUACCGUGAUAUCCUACUGUCCAUCAAAGUUUGCUGCUUCUGCUGUUUAUGCUGCUCGUAGUACUCUCAACAAGAGCCCUCGAUGGACUGACACUCUGAAGCACCACACUGGCUACUCAGAAGACCAGCUGAGGGAAUGUGCAAAACAAUUAGUUAGCUUCCACUCUGGUGCUGCUGAAAACAAGCUGAAGGCAGUUUAUAGGAAGUUUUCUAGUCCAGAUAGAGGUGCUGUUGCCCUCUUGCCCACUGCAAGAGAUGUUCAUAUAGGAAGUUCUUGAACAAAGAUUGUGAAUGUGUGAAGUCAGAUCAUGUCAAACUUUCUGAUCUCUUAUUUUGAAGUCUGAAAAAUUCAUACUUUUAUAUGAUUUACUUACUAGUAAAGUCAUUCCCUUUUAACAUUGUAUGGUUCUUGUGAAUAUUUGAAUGUUGAGUGA